GAGAAACACGAGAAAUGAGAACGUUGUAAAAACGGACAAACUCGUCCUCCUAAUCAUUGAAUAUCCUGCUGGACUAUGCAUUUGAUCCAAUUAGAUGAAAGCGCAGACUUGGUUCAACCGACCUCGAUGACUAUAUAGUUGUUGAACGAACAUUCUUGAAGUGCUUCUCUUUGUGUAAAUAUUUUCCUCAAACCCAUACCACGCUACCUCAUUGUGGCUUAGGACAUCACUCCAUAGAAAGCGUCUUGGGUAUUGUACACAAGCCCUAUAUAGCACGCUUGCAUACACGGCGUUCGUACCAUAGAACAAACACGGACAUUGAUUUUAACAAGAAUUGCGAACAUGGACAGAUGCACACAGGACGACCUCGAGAUUCCGUUGCAUAAGGGUAACGAAACGCCACUCAAACGCAUGCAUCUAGACCAAUUUGCCUACAAACGCCUGACACGCUCAGCCAUGAAACGUAAACGGAUACCCGAACGGGUACUGGGUAGGCCGAAGAUCGGCACAGGCACAUGUGCAGCAGACGUGAAUCUGAGGGGAGAGAACCCCUUUUCCAGUAUAGCCAAAGGGACGCUGGAUGGUAUGUGCCCCGUAGUCAAGCGGCGCAAAAGACCGGUCCGUGGUAGCCACGCCAAGAAAGAACCACCCGUGCACGGGAUAGAGCCCUCAACCAAGCACAGGGCCUCGGCCCUGUCCCCGUCACCGGCCCUGUCCCAGACCUGUCCAAAACGGACCGAGGACAAAUCUCAGACGCAACGGCCCUCCGGCGCAUCCGCCGGGGCGGCCAGAUCGGCGGUAGCUGAUACGGAGGUACGCCCGCAGGCCGGUAUACAAGCGGUAGCCCUAAGCAACCGUACAGACCCACCCAGCCGCGAUUUUGCCCAGUAUUUGGGCUCUAUGCACCCGUUGCGGGUGGUGUUUGUGGGCCACAACCCGUCCGACACGAGCUGGAGACAUUCACAGCCGUACGCGCACAAGUCCAAUCGGUUUUGGAGACUGGUAGGUGAGUCUGGGCUAGUCCCAGUAAACCUGGCCCAACCGCACCACUUUGCCCAACUCCCCGAGGCCGUGGGGGUGGGGUUUGUGGACCUGUAUGUCACUAGUGGUAGCGAUGCAUCUUGUGUCAAAGGGGAUCAGGGCGCCACGCUCAGGUGUGUGCGUUGGUGUAUGUAUUGACUUUGCUAGAUGUGGGAAGGUUUGGAUGUUUGCAUGGAUGUGUUGUAUGGAUGUAGGGAUGUACGUAUUUCUACAUAUGUGCGUACGUUUGUAUAUAUGCGUGUAUGUAGGUAUUUAUACAUUUAUGUGCCUACGUUUGUAUGCAUGUAUGUAUGCAUAUAUGU